AUGUUGCGGACCUUCUCAAUUUGGCUGCUGUUCGUGGCGGGUGCUUUGGCUGUUUGUGACCUGAAUUUGAUGGAGCCGAAGCCGAUUGUGGUGAAGAGAUUCGGCAGCAAGACGGCCAUCGUGAAGCGUGCCUUGACUAGCCUCCAAAUGUCCACGAACGAGACGGUGACCUUUCACUGUCCCACGGGCAUCAGCAUCAACAGGAACACCGGCCAGUCGUUAAAUAUCAAUGCGGCAACGGCGGAACUUCUGUGCACAGAUAAUGGCGUCUAUCUGGAUGAUCGCCAAAUAAUCCAGCAGCGCAGCGGCGCGUUCAUCAGCUGCAGCGCCGACUACAGCCAGACGCUGUACGAGAGCAACCACAGCCUCACCGGCUGCGAUGCGGAUGCAAUGACGCUGCUCGUUGGCUACCGGCUGCAGGCUCUGCCAGAUGUAAAGCUGCUGGGCAUGUGUUACGAUUUGGGAGCGUCGCGUUUACGCUUCGUCAGCUUUUUGGCAUAUGCGCCGCGCAAUGCGCUGCUCGAGAUGCACACAGACCACGAGCUGGCCGCCCUGCAGCUGGACAGCUACAUUGGCAGCCUGACCAAGUAUUUUCGAUUUCCCACCAAGUCGGAGUUCCAGACGCAAGUCGAUCGCCAGAAGCGCUUGGGCGAGCUCUACGAUGGAAAACUGUUUGAGUACGAGAGCCUGCUGCAGGAUACGCAACAGAUCCAGGAGCUGAACGGAUACACCGAUAUGCUUAGCAUUGUGUGGCUGCGCGCGCUCCGCUCGGGCAACUGGCUGCAUUGGCUGAACGCUUUGCGCUCUGCCGCCAGCGGCGGCGGCGUCGGCGACGAUGAAGACGUUGCUGGCAGCAGGUUUGAUGUGCGCGUCGGUGUUUCGGGCGUGGCAACGCUGCCCGUGGCACACAGCUGCAAUGCCAGCCGGCCGCUGCUGCUGGAGAAGAUCGGCGACAACACGUUGCAGGUGCCAGCGCACAUUUGGGCGCAUGUUCGAGCGCUGCAGCCGUCGCCCACUGUGCCCGAUGAGUUUGUUAUUGUCGCACACAAUUCGCCAUACUUCAAUGUGCUGGAGCUAAGCUCGUUCUGUGAGGACAUCUGCGCUGAGAUACCUUGGCUGAGCAACACUCUAUUUGGCCAGCUGCAUUUGGUGCCCAGCUACGGAGUCGUCAGCUGCUGUCGCAUGGAUCAGCUGCAAAAGCUCAGCGACUUUCCGCUUGCGCCAGCAGCGCUGCCCGCGCCGACAGCGGUGGUUUCAACGCCCAUAUCACUUAUCUAACCUCGGCGCUCUGAAAGCUUUUGCUGCGUGUCGAUCGUUUAAAAAUAAAUUUACUUCAUAAGCUUCACCCUUUUG